UCUUUUAUAUAUUCCCUAGUUCCUACCAUACAUGUAUGACCCCCGGGUCUGAAUUUUGAUGCUUCGUCAAAAUCUUUGAACUCUCACACACCAGCCAACAGCCCAACACUAGCAAGUAGCAAACCACGUAGUAUCUCAAAUUCUGCUGCCCCAAAAAAUGUGGAGUGAUUUCAAGAACAGUGAUGGAGGUUGGUUUUCUGGAAGCUUCAGAAGAGAAUUGGGUUUAACUCAACCUAGAAUCUUCACUCGCCGUCUUUCUGCAUCUCAGGGGCUUGUUCAACAGCUCGACUUGUACGGAAAGUUGGUUGGUCAUAAGGGUUGUGUCAAUACUGUUGAAUUCAAUUCAACCGGCAAGGUUUUGAUAUCGGGGUCGGAUGAUAGACAAGUUAUAUUCUGGAAUUGGGCAUCUAAAAAGAAAAUUUUUACUUAUUCUUCUGGUCACUUAGAGAACAUAUUUCAGACCAAGAUAAUGCCUUUCAGUGAUGACCGCGUUAUAGUCACUUCUGCACAAGAUGGACAGGUAAGGGUUGGUCAUGUGUUAGAGGAUGGUAGCGUCGACACAAAAAGGUUAGGAAAGCAUCGAGGAGCCGUCUUUAAACUUGCCAUGGAGCCUGGAAGUCCUUACAUUUUAUACAGCUGUGGCGAAGAUGGCUUUGUUCAACAUUUUGAUCUGCGUAGCAAUUCUCCCACAAAGCUCUUCUCUUGUUGCUCAUUUACGGAAAGUGACAGGUCUGGUUCUUCAAGUACGAUUAGAUUGAACGCGAUUGUGUCUGAUCCAAGAAACCCGAAUUAUCUUGCUGUGGGAGGUUCGGAUGAAUAUGUGCGCGUAUAUGACAUGAGAAAAUGCCGUUGGGAUGCAUCAAGUAACUUAGACAAACCGUUAAACACGUUUUGUCCCCAUCAUCUUAAAGAGAGUGGCAACGUUCAUAUAACCGGCCUUGCGUACUCAAAUGCAAGUGAACUGCUCGUUUCGUAUAAUGAUGAGCUUGUGUACUUGUUUCAGAAGAACAUGGGAAUGGGGACAAAUCCCAAGUCAAUAUCCACCGAAGAGCUCCAGAAACUCGAAGAACCAAAAGUUUAUUCGGGGCAUAGAAAUUCACAAACAACUAAAGGAGUCAACUUCUUUGGCCCGAAUGAUGAAUAUGUUGUUAGUGGUUCGGAUUGUGGGCACAUAUUCAUUUGGGACAAAAAGGGUUGUAAACUUGUACGAAUGAUGGUUGGAGAUAAGCACGUCGUAAAUCAACUUGAACAACACCCAUCAAUGCCUAUCUUGGCCACUUGUGGUAUUGAAAAGAGUGCAAAAAUUUGGUCUCCCGUCUCUAAGAAAGUUACUCCCCUACCGGCUGAUGUGGAUGAGAUUAUGGAUUUUAACCGAAAAGGAAGAGAGGAUCAUUCACGAGUGACUCUCACUCCCGAUGUUAUAAUGCAUGUGUUACGUCUACAAAGACGGCAAACACUUGCUUUUAUUGAGAGGCGGCGCAGGAGAUCUCCCGAUGAUAGCGAGGACGAUGAUGGUGAAGGAGAGGCUUAUAUCUUGAGGUUUUCUGAAAGAGAUGCUGCCAUAGAUGAUGACCCUAGAGAAUGCAACAUUAGUUAAAACAUGUUACCUUAUAGAGCAAACAUUUUACUUGUAUGUAUUUUGAUGUUUCUCUAUUCUCUACCCGUCUUUCCCUUUGCUUUUCUCUAAUAUAUAUGUAAUGGGGCUUGUAAUAUAGUAUUGAGGAUUGGUUUGAUUUUAUAAAUAUAAAUAAAUAAGAAGGAAUACAAAAUC